AAAUAUUAACUUUCCUUUUCAAAUCCCUUCCAGCUGGCUUCUGUUAAAUAAAACCCCUCUCUUCCGUCGUCACUCCACUUGCCGUGGCAUUUCCCUCGUACCAGUCCGAAGAACGGAAGGGCUUCUGGUGCGUGGAAACCACACAGAAGCAAGCCAACAAGCUAAGAAAUGGACGACUACACCAGGGAGAUGAUGGAUCUCAAAACACUUGUCACUCGAACCCUAGAGAAGAAAGGUGUUCUCGCCAAGAUCAGAGCUGAGCUUAGGGCUAGUGUAUUUGAGGCCAUUGAAGAGGAAGAUCGGGCAGUUGAAAAUGAAGAUGGUGUCCCACCUGCAUUACUGGGUAGCUGCAAUGACCGUGCAAAGCAACUUCAUGCAUCUCCUUCAGGAAGGCUACUAACAGCACUUAUAUGUGAAUACCUGGACUGGGCACAACUGGGUCACACUCUAAAAGUUUAUCUGCCUGAAUGUAAUAUGCAAAAGGGUUUUUGGAAAGCUGAGUUGAAGGAUUUUUGUAGCAAGAAUGGAUAUGAUUUUAACAGGAAUGGAGAGAAUGGCCCUUUACUUCUCGAUGUUCUUGAGGGGUACUUGAAGUAUGAGAACUUAUCUCAAGCAAGGGCUACUGGAAGGAGAAUAAUUAGUCCAGAAACAGAGUCCUUAUCAAAUUUAGAGUCCAGGAACAUCCGAAGAUCCUCAUCCUCAUCAUCAUCUGUUGCCGGAGGAUUACCACCACUUGUAAGGCCAAAUCCUGUCUCCCAGACCUCUGAUCGGAGAAUAGGUUCCACUGUGACUGGGUAUAGGAAAGAUGAAUACAACUGGAGAUAUGAUAAUGAUGAUCUUUCCGAGGAUGUAAUUCGAGCUUCCAGUGCCUUGGAAAAUAUCCAGUUGGAUAGAAAAGCACGGAAUCUAACAACAUCAUGGCGGCAUGCCGGGGAUGGAAUCACAGAUGAUGAUGGCAAAUCAGAACAUAUCUAGUCAAAUGGUUACUGUAUUUGUAGUUUCUAAAUGUUUGUUUUUAUCGAAAAGGUGAAAAAAACCAGGUCAUGUAUGAUUAUAUUCCGUGAUUUUAGUAAUUGGUCGAGUUUUCUGUUUCUCUCGUGCUCUUUGUUUCAACGUAUAAAUGCUUGUGUGAAGCCCCGUUUGAUUUCUUCAUAUAAUGUUUGUUAAGAUCUCGCUAUUGCUGA